AUGGGUAACACUCAGACAUGGGAACAGACCGUAUCACAAAAGCGGCUUUUGAGAGAUCAGGCUUUGAACCCGUACCUCAUUGAUGAUAUAAACCAACGCCCUCCCCGAGUCCAGGAUGUCGAAAACCGUUCUCGACUGGACCACGAUCCAAUCGUCCAAGAAAUAACAGAUGUUGACAGCAUCACGAUCCUCCUUGACCACCUGAGACAGGGCAAAUUCACUGCUGAGCAGGUCGCACUAGCCUAUAUCAGAAGAGCUGUCAUAGCCCAUCAAAUCACCAAUUGCAUCACAGAAGUUGUUUUCAAAGAUGCACUCCACCAGGCCAGAGACCUAGAUCGUGAGUUCAAGGAGACCGGAAACCUCAAAGGACCUCUGCACGGUAUCCCCAUUACCGUGAAGGAUCAAUUCAAUAUCAAAGGGGUAGAUACGACAUUGGGCUAUGUGGGCCGUUCAUUUUCCCCGGCGACAGAAGAUGCAGUUUUGGUCCAGAUACUGAAGAGCAUGGGUGCUAUUGUGAUUGCGAAGACAAAUCUGCCACAAAGCAUCAUGUGGGCCGAGACCGAAAAUCCUCUUUGGGGCCUGACAGUGAACCCGAGAAACCCUAAAUUUACCCCAGGCGGCUCUACGGGUGGUGAAGGAGCUCUGUUGGCAUUGCAUGGCUCUAUAUUCGGUCUGGGAACAGACAUUGGGGGGAGCAGUAGAAUUCCUCAGGCAGUGAUGGGAUUGUAUGGGUUCAAACCAAGCAGUAGUAGACUACCAUACCAAGGAGUCCCUGUGUCGACUGAAGGGCAAGAACACGUUCCCUCCGCCGUUGGGCCAAUGGCUCGCGAUCUGUCGUCCAUUUAUUAUGUGAGUCGCUUGAUUGCGAAUAGCAAGCCCUGGGAUUUGGAUCCGAAAUGCCCGCCUCUUCCUUGGAACGACAAUGCCUUCGAGGAAAUACAGACACGUCCAAUGGUGAUCGGGUUAGUUCUCGACGACGGAGUUGUGAAAGUCCACCCUCCCAUUGAAAGGACGUUAAUGGAACUCACCAAGAAAUUGAAAGCAAAUGGCCAUGAGAUUGUCCUCUGGGAUACUUCGGACUAUUUACAAUACAUUCAACUCAUGGAUACCUAUUACGCUGCUGACGGUUGCGAGGAUAUCCGUCGCGAUGUCAGUGUGGCCGGAGAGCCCUAUAUUCCUCAUGUCGAGAGCCUGAUCAACAAGAGUAAAGCCAUAUCCGUUUACGAAUAUUGGCAGCUCAACAAGCGUAAAGUGGCCCUCCAGAAACAGUAUCUCGAUAAAUGGAACGCCGUGCGUUCUUCUUCUGGGGAACCUGUCGAUGUUAUUCUGAGUCCUACACUGCCACAUACUGGUGUUCCUCAUCGGACACUGCGGUGGGUUGGGUACACUAAGAUUUGGAAUAUACUCGACUAUCCUGCAUUGACUUUUCCCGUUGGCAAGGUGCAGGCAGAUAAGGAUGCCUUGCCAUCUGAGCCUUAUCACCCGAGGAAUGAUCGGGAUGCGUGGAAUUGGAAUGUUUACGAUUUGAAGGAAAUGAAAGACCAUCCGGUUAACCUGCAGAUUGUUGGGAAGAAACUUGAAGAGGAAAAGGUAUUAGGAGCUGCAGCUGCUAUUGAGAAGAUUUGGAGGGCUGAAAAUUAG